UCCAAAUAUCAGUUAUUGGUUGAAUGGCAGUGCUCAGAUAAUAUGAAAAACAGAGGCUGGCAGGAAGUUUAAAGGGCCCAGCGGCUGAUAAAGUGAGGUUCCUAAAGGCAGAAAGCCCAUUAGCCAUGUCAGCUAACUACAUGCAAGCUCUAGACUGUGCUGUGAACACUGCUGAAAGUGCAGCUGAUCUUAUGACGAAGUUUAGACUCACAUUCCAGGAGGAAGGAGAGAGCCUGCCUGCCUACAUUUAUUUUGUUUGGAGAAACUGCUGCACUCUUUGUGCCACAAAGGGGGCUUCAACUGUCUGAGAGAAAUGGCUUGAGGGUGGAGCAAGUUGUGAAGGGCGUACUGUCACACGAUGUGAUUGCUCUACGUGUUCGAGUGACCCACAAGCUGUGCCCGCCUCCAUCUUCUACCGAGUUACUGAGAGAAGUUGGAGAGGUGGAAAGCAUGAUUGAGGAGCAGAAUAUUUCUAAAGGCUAAGUCGUGUCUCCAGUGGUAGCCUCCGUUGCUAAAGUGGCUCCAGACGCCGCGGAGAUAGAGCUUUUGAGGAAAGAGGUGGAAAAUCCUCGCGCUGAGCUGACUCGCUGGACGUCGGCUAAUGUUUCAGCUAAACAUGACACGCCCGUUAGGAACCCUGGCCCAUCUGUAGGACUUACUAAGCAGAGGAACGCGGUCGAAAAGGGCCUUUUGACUAGAGAGGUGACUGGGACUUUCUGUUACGACUGCGGAGAAGAUGGGCAUCUUAAGCGAGGCUGUGAGAGGCAGGAAAAUCUUCGAAAAGUGGGUCAGCGGUGAAUCAAACAGAGAAGAAAAGAAGCAACGCUACGGAGGGACCCAGUAAGGGAACAACCUGGCUUGCCAGAGAUGAUAUGCUCCAAUCAGUGUAUCAAAGGAAACACUAACCUGCAAAACACCACUCCUGAAGCUUUAAUGUAUCCAUACAGGAUGAAGGUUUGUGCUUCGUUUGUAAAGUCUUGAAGCCCGUUGUGGGAUCGGGGCUCGCUGAGGUUCAGCCAUGAAUUGUUCCAACCACAGCAACGCCAAUGACAGCUGCCAGAUAGAUUCGGAGUUCCGGUACACCCUCUUCCCCAUUGUCUACAGCAUCGUCUUUGUGCUGGGGGUCCUGGAGAACGGCUGCGUCCUGUUGAUUUUCAAGUAUGGGACCCCCAACAGCAACACGAAUGAGGUUAAGGUCUUGAUGGUGAACCUGACUGUGGCUGACCUGCUUUUCAUCCUGACCCUUCCCUUUUGGAUCAUCUACUAUAUUCAGAAAGGAGACUGGAUAUUCCCAGAUUUUAUUUGCCGAUUGGCUGGGUGUUUAUUUUUCAUCAAUACCUACUGCUCCAUUGCCUUCCUUGCAGUGAUUAGCUACAACCGCUACUGUGCUGUGGCGUAUCCAAUAGAAACAAUUCAGAACGUAGGCAAAAGGCGAAGUUACAUUGUAUCAUUAGUAAUCUGGUUUAUAAUUGUUGGCUGCUCAUUGCCCUUCCUGAUUAAAGAAGGAACAAACACAGUAGGUGAUGUUAAACAUUGCUUCGAGGGAUACGGCGACGACAUUUCCGUGGUUGCCUUUAAUUUUAUUCUGAUCGGAGGCUUCUUCCUCGCCUUCCUUGUUGUUAUCAUUUGCAACCUACGCAUACUCAAGCUCCUGUCCGCCCAGCCCGUGCAGCCGAAGAGGAGCAUGCACGUCCGAAAGCAAGCCUUCCGCAUGGUCUGCAUGGUCAUUGUCGUCUUCCUCAUCUGCUUUGUGCCCCACCAUUUGGUCCAGGGCCUCUGGACCCUCACCGUCCUCGGGCUGUGGAGGAAGGAAGACUACAGCUUUCGCCAGCAAGUGAACGACGCCCACCAGGUCACGCUCUGCCUGAUGGGCCUAAACUGUGCACUGGAUCCCAUCAUCUACUGCUUCCUCACUCAGAAGUUCAGGAAAUACUUCACGCACAGCAUAAGUAGAUGGAAGUCCAGUCGGAAGAGCUCUCAGACCAUCACCUAUGACACGCAUCUUGGAGAGGAAACCAACACCAGGAGUUCAUAUCCGUAUUGGUCGAGGCUUGCCUUUUUUUGCUGGAGACACUCAGAAGGUGACGGGAGUGCGGAACGAGCUGCCAGCGCAGGUGGUGCAUGCGAGCUUGGCUUAAGCCAAGUCUGGGCAAUCACCAGACAAAGAAACCCAAAGGACCUCAUAUGUGAAAAGGGAAGACCGCAAGACACGCAAUGUGCAGACAGAGAGCAGAAAAGACUGUUUGUGCAAACAAUAGAAGUAAGCCAAUAGCAUUCAGAACAAAAGUGAGUCUAUAGACAUGAAUGAGAAAAAAACUGCAGGUGCUGGAAACUCAAGCAACACACACAAAAUGCUGGAGGAACUCAGCAGGCCAGGCAGCAUCUAUGUCCUGCCGAAGGGUCUCGGCCUGAAAUGUUGACUGUAAUUUUUUCCAUAGAUGCUGCCUGGCCUGCUGAGUUCCUCUGGUGUUUUGUGUGAGUGUUGCUACAGACACGAAAUCUGGACCAGCUGGAGUAGGCCGCAGCCUCAGCCUAAGUUCAACUCACAGCCAAGUAAGCGUCAUGGAGGAGCGGGCAGAACCGGCCUGACGCUCACCUCUUGCUCUGACACACACCCUGCUUUUUCGAUCCACCUGGCCCAGCGCUUAAACCAUCCAAACAUCAGGGCCCUCCUCGCACUGGGGUCCAGGCCCCGUCGCAUCGAUACGCUUUGGGCCUGGUCUCCGCCCCAAGCCCGGCUGCGAUAAGAGGAGGGUCGAGCAACGGUCCUGCAACCACCUCCCUUAAAAACCCAGAGCUACAGAAACGGCGACAGAAGUUGCAAAGACCUCACCUCUGGGAGAGGAAGGGCAACUUGAAAAACUUUUAAUUUAACUAUUUCAUAUACAUAUGUGCUUACUGUGAUUUUUUUCUACAUUUCUCAGGUAUUGCAUUGUACUGCUGCUGCAAAGCUAACAAAUUUCAUGACAUUGCCGACGAUAUAGUUCUGAUUCUGAACUGUAAAUAUUUUGUUAAAGCCCAUUACAUGUUUCAUUAUUCAGGCUAAUUGGAGACAUUUUUAUAAAAAAUGAUCAUGAGCGUUGAUGCACCAUCAAUAACUCUCGGAGACGUGGGUUAAGGUAGGCUUUUAUCGGCUGGAGGAAAGCACA